AUGGCCAAAGCUUAUUAUAAAAUGGAGUGGCCUUUUUUGAGGCGUAUGCUGAUGGCUUUGGGUUUUGUUGAUAGAUGGGUGGAUUUGCUUAUGAUGUGUGUAACAACUGUCUCUUAUAAUGUGAUUGUCAAUGGUUCAGAGGCAGGUGUGAUUAAACAGUGUUUAUCUGAAUAUGAGGUACUGUCUGGCCAAUCUGUUAAUUUCCACAAGUCUAGUGUUUGCUUUAAUAAGAACACGGGGAGUACUGACAGAGAUGAGGUGGUUGCGGCACUAGGAGUUGUCCAGGCUAAUGAUUUUGGAAAAUACCUGGGACUUCCAUCUUUCAUAGGAAGGAAUAAGAAACAUGUAUUUGCUUAUAUUGGGGAGAAAAUAGCUCAGAGGAUUGGGUCAUGGAAUAAGAAGUUAUUAUCUCGAGCAUGCAAGGAAAUUCUCUUGAAAACUGUGGUUCAAGCAAUGCCAACUUUUUCUAUGAGUGUUUUCUUGCUAAAUGAGUCCACUUGCCUGGCUAUCCAAAGAGUUAUGAACAGAUAUUAUUAUGGUAGGAGUGGCGCUAAUAACAGAGGAAUACAUUGGAUGGCAUGGGACUGA